CAAACUUUUGUUCUUUCAAUUCAUUCUCUCUCUUCUCUCUCUCCUUUUCCCCUCUUCUAUUUUCAGCUCAGACAAAAUUCUCAAUUCUCAGAAGAAAAACAAAGCCGAAUCUUGAAUUUUCCUUCUUGAAUUCAAGCUAUUUUUACAUCUCUAAUGGCGCCAACGCCUUCUUCGAAAAACCAGAGAACCCCAACUCCAUUUUCAAGAUUAAAUCAAACCCAAAUACCCAAUUCAAGAACACCUCAAUCAAAGCACCGUUUAAAUUUCACCACAGCAGUAAAAGAAGGGCCAGCAGCAGAGCACCCAAUAGAAGUAAUAGGCCGAAUUCGCGAUUAUUGUUCAGAUAAAAAUAAAGAAAAGGCGAUAUCUUUAUUACAUAUUAAUCCUGAUCGCGAGUCGUUAAGAGUUAAAACCGACAAUGGAUACAGAGAUUUUAGUCUAGAUGGUGUGUCAUUAUCUGAAGAAGAAGAUCUUGAUGAUUUUUACAAGAAAUUCGUGCAGUCGAGAAUUAAUGGAGUUAAAUUAGGAGAGAAAUGUACAAUUAUGAUGUAUGGACCGACGGGUGCUGGAAAAAGUUAUACUAUGUUUGGAAGUAAUAAACAGCCUGGAAUUGUAUAUAAGUCGUUAAGAGAUAUAUUGGGUGAUGGAAAUGAAGAAAAUGAUGAAAAUGGUGUUGGGAUUUUUGUGCAAGUUACUGUUUUGGAGAUAUAUAAUGAGGAAUUAUAUGAUUUGUUAUCUACUAAUAAUGGUGGAGGAUUUGGUUUUGGUUGGUCUAAGGGCAAUGCUUCUAAGGUGAGACUUGAAGUUAUCGGUAAAAAGGCCAAAAAUGCAACUUUUAUUUCUGGUAAUGAGGCUAUAAAGAUAUCAAAGGAGAUCCAAAAAGUGGAGAAGAGAAGAAUAGUGAAAAGCACUUUGUGCAAUGAGCGGAGUUCUCGCAGCCACUGCUUGAUAAUUCUUGAUGUUCCAACAGUAGGAGGUCGACUAAUGCUUGUCGACAUGGCUGGUUCUGAGAAUAUAGAACAAGCUGGUCAAACUGGCCUAGAAGCAAAAAUGCAGACUGGAAAAAUAAAUCAGGGUAACAUUGCUCUGAAAAGGGUGGUCGAGUCCAUUGCUAAUGGUGAUUCUCAUGUGCCAUUCCGAGACAGCAAGUUAACCAUGCUCUUACAG